AUGGAUGGCUUAAUAUCUAAUAUUAAAAACUGUAAGGCAACAAUUCCAUUAAUCAUAUUAUUAGUAUCAAUUGCUUGGUUUAAAACUUCAGAUUCUACCAGGCAUAUCAAACCAGUAAAGAUCAAUAUUGAAUUUCCAAUAGAAUGCAAAGCGAAUUGGAAAUCAAAUGGUAAAGUUGAAAACGAGAGUAAUGAAGAUAAACAUCGGAUGAUUGAUUGUUAUUGUCCAGCUACUGGUCAAUAUUUAGGUCAGUAUAAAUCUUUUACUAUGGAUGAUAUUGAUGCAACAGUGAAUAAAUCUCAAGUUGCUUUCCAAGAUUGGAAAAACUCUUCGUUUGAUAGGAGAUUGAAAAUUUUGAUUUCUCUAAGAGAGUUUAUUUUAAAGCAUCAAUCAGAAAUUGCUUCUGUAGCAUGCAGAGAUUCUGGUAAGACGAUGAUCGAUGCAUCAAUGGGGGAAAUAUUAACCACGUUGGAAAAAUUAAAUUGGACUAUAAAACAUGGGAGAAGAAUCCUAGAUAAACCUUCAUAUAGAUCAGGACCAACCAAUUUCUUUAUGAAAUUUUAUAAAGGUUCUAAAAUUCAAUAUGAACCAUUAGGCCCAAUUGCCUCAAUUGUGUCUUGGAAUUAUCCUUUCCAUAAUUUAAUGGGUCCUGUGAUUUCUGCAAUUAUUACUGGUAAUACUAUUGUAGUUAAAUGUUCAGAAAAAGUUAUCUGGUCUUCAAAAUUUUAUAUUAAUUUGAUUCAAAAAUGUUUGCUAAGCUGUAAUGAAAAUCCAGAUAUUGUUCAAUUAUGUUAUUGCUUACCUCCAAAUUUACCAAUGGAUAACGCAGCAAAUUAUUUCACUUCUCAUCCAGGCCUAAAGCAUAUUACAUUUAUCGGUAGUGAAACAGUUGCUCAUACUAUUUUGGAAAAUACAGCAAAAUCAAUGACUCCAACUGUGUUAGAACUAGGUGGGAAGGAUUCUCUAAUAAUAUUAGAUUCUUUACCAUCAAACCAACUAGAAUCCUUGUCCUCGAUUAUUUUAAGGGGUACAUUUCAAUCAUCUGGUCAAAAUUGUAUUGGUAUUGAACGUGUAAUUGUGACAUCAAAAUAUUAUAAGUCAUUAAUCAAAAUUAUUACGACUCGUCUAGAGACUCAUCCCUUAAAGCAGAGCUCAGAUAUAGACUCAUUGUCUAGCGUUGAUGUUGGUGCAAUGAUAUCUUCAAAUCGAUUUAAGCAUCUAGAAAGUUUGAUAGAUGAUGCAGUAAAAGAUGGUGCUAAAUUAUUAUUUGGUGGUAAGCAAUAUCAAAAUAAAUUGUAUCCUGAUGGUAAUUAUUUUGAGCCUACGGUUUUAAUUGAUGUUACACCAUCAAUGAAAAUUGCAAACGAAGAAGUUUUUGGCCCUAUUCUAGUUUUAAUGGAAGCUAAGAAUAAGGCUGAUGCAAUUAAUAUUUCGAAUGGUUCAAAAUUUGGUUUAGGUAAUUCAGUUUUUGGCUCAAGAGAAGAUGGUGAUUUUGUUGCAAAUAAACUACAAUCAGGAAAUGUUGCAAUUAAUGAUUUUGCAACAUUUUAUAUCUGUCAAUUACCUUUCGGUGGUACAAAGAGUAGCGGGUUUGGUAAGUUUAAUGGUGAAGAAGGGUUACUUGGCUUAUGUAAUGCGAAAAGUAUUUGUUAUGAUAAAAUUCCAGGUAUUAGAACUACAAUCCCACCUGCAUUAGAUUAUCCAAUGAAAUCCAAAGCUUGGCUAUUUGUUGAAAAUUUUAUUACAGCUGCCUACACCAUGAAUUGGUAUGAUUUUAUAAUGUCCUUAAUUGGACUUGCUAAAAAUUCAUAG